CAGCACCCUCCAUUUCCGGGAGCGGAGCCGCGUCCCUUGCUUGGCGGAGGCGGCGGCUGCCCGGAGCGGGCCUGGCUCGGCGGCGGCGCGGCGGCGGCUGUCUGGAGCGUGGCGAGCAGGACGUGCUGGGGCCGGCGGCGGCGGAGGGCGGCGAGGCCGGGGAGGUCUCCAGAGGGUUGGCGCCAUGCUGAAUAUGUGGAAAGUGCGGGAGUUGGUGGACAAGGCCACCAAUGUGGUUAUGAAUUAUUCAGAAAUAGAGUCUAAGGUUCGAGAAGCAACCAAUGAUGAUCCAUGGGGACCUUCAGGGCAACUCAUGGGAGAGAUUGCCAAGGCAACGUUUAUGUAUGAACAGUUUCCAGAACUUAUGAACAUGCUUUGGACUCGAAUGCUGAAAGACAAUAAAAAGAACUGGAGGAGAGUUUAUAAGUCUUUGCUGCUCCUAGCUUACCUCAUAAGGAAUGGAUCAGAGCGUGUUGUUACAAGUGCCAGAGAACACAUUUAUGAUUUGCGAUCCCUGGAAAAUUACCACUUUGUAGAUGAAAAUGGCAAAGACCAGGGUAUAAACAUACGCCAGAAGGUAAAAGAAAUGGUUGAAUUUGCUCAAGAUGAUGAUCGACUUCGGGAAGAGAGAAAGAAAGCAAAGAAGAACAAAGACAAAUACAUUGGGGUUUCUUCGGACAGUGUUGGAGGGUUCAGAUACAGUGAAAGAUAUGAUCCUGAGCCCAAGUCGAAAUGGGAUGAAGAAUGGGAUAAAAAACCAGCUUUUCCAUUCAGUGAUAAGUUAGGCGAGCUGAGCGACAAAAUUGGAAGCACGAUCGACGAUACCAUCCGCAAGUUCCAAAGAAAAGAUAGAGAAGACUCUCCAGAAAGGUGCAGUGACAGUGAUGAAGAAAAAUCAAGACGAGGUAAAUCUCCCAAAGCUGAGUUUAAAGAUGAAGAGACUGUGACAACAAAACACAUUCAUAUUACACAAGCUACAGAAACUACCAUCAGACACAAACGCACAGCAAAUCCUUCAAAAACCAUUGACUUGGGAGCAGCAGCACAUUAUACAGGAGAUAAAGCAAGUCCAGAACAGAAUGUUGAUGCUCAUACUUCACAGCCUACAGCAAAGGCUUCUGUACCCUCUGGCAGCAAGUCAUCCAAUGACCUGCUUGAUCUGUUGUUUGAUGGAGCUAGCCAGCCAGUUUCAGCAGGUACAGCAACGAGUGGAAAUGGAGACUUUGGUGACUGGAGUGCCUUCAACCAAGCUUCUCCUUGUCCCAGUGCUUCAUCUGGAGAGCUCUUCAGCAGCACAGCACAGCAACCAGCUAUAGAGCUCUUCAGUAGCCCACAGACAGCUUCAAGCCAGUCUCCAACAGCUUCAAAUUCUACUGAUCUUUUUGAUUUGAUGGGCCCCCCUCAGACAACCAUGAAGCCUUCUCAGAGUAUUAAUUUCUGUAUGAUGACCUCCAAUGCUGUAGGUAUCAGUUUACCCAUGUCAAGGUCACAGCCCCUGCAAAGCGUGCACACUAUGAUGCCGAAGCCUAGCACUCUUUAUAAUGCAAGCACAGAGAUGGUCCAGAAGAAUGCAAGCAAAACUCUACCCUCAACUUGGUCAGAUCCCAGUGUAAAUAUCAGUUUGGACAAUUUAGUACCUGGGAUGCAGCCUUCCAAACCCCAGCAGCCGUCACUUAAUACCAUGAUGCAGCAGCAAAAUACACAACAACCUAUGAAUGUCAUGACUCAAAACUUUGCAGCCGUGAAUCUCAGUUCUCCACCAAGCAUGACGCCUGUUCGACCCCAGACAAGCCCAUUGAUGGGAGGGCCCAUUCCCGUGGGGAUGGGAAUGCCCAGUGUGAUGUCAGGUACGAUGGGAAUGACCUCCAUGGGACCCACACCUAUGAUGAACCAGGGAAUGAUGGGAAUGAACAUGAACAUGGGAGUGCUAGCUACAGGAAUGGGUUUGACGGGCACAAUAGGAAUGGGAAUACCCAAUAUUGCUAUGACCUCUCUGACUCCUGGGACUGUACAACCCAAGCAAGAUGCCUUUGCAAAUUUUGCCAAUUUUAGCAAAUAAAGAUUGUAAAAUAAAUCAAAUGAAAGAAAAUUAAAAUACAUGGGCAGGUGGAAUGAAGGAUUUUUAGCUGCACAAAUAUAGCUGGGGAAGGGAAAACACUGAUCAAUACUGCUUUUUUUUUUUUUUUCUUUAUCAGUUAAAGUGUCUACAUAAAGAACCAAAAGCUAUUUUCUAAGUGUUCAAUAACUAGUGUUCAAAUUCUGGAGAGGUGAAAGGUUCUUCUAAGGAAUGUGUUAGAUGAUUUUGCAAACUAAUUUCUAUUGAGACCAUCAAAAACCUUUCCUACGUAGAAGAACCAAUUUUAACUUUGAGGCUUGAUGGAAGUCUGGAAAUGGGGUUUGGGUAAAAAUGUUUGAAUCUAAUUUUAUACCUUUCUUUUUUCUUGAAGAGCUUGACUUUCUUUCCCCCCUCUCCCUGAUCGCUUUGUCAUAAUUGGAUCAUUCCGUUCACUAUCACAGAGUCCACAAUUGAAGUCACUCAAGUACUAUGCUCAGUUUUUUAUAAGAAUAUAUAUUUUUGUCCAAAAAAUGGCUUACAUAUGUGAUUAUGGCUAAUUCAAAGGGACCUGGAAUGUAUAUAUACUUUUGCUAAUAUUCCAGCCACACUGCUAUGAUACCCAAAUUUUUAUUGUAAAAAUCCUCUCUCAGCAAUUUGGUGAUCAAGAUUUUUGGGGUCUUAACAUGCUUCUAAUGUUGUAACUGAUAUCCAGUGCAAGUCUGGGAAAAGCUUUAUCUGAUAUCUGUUGGAAGGUUUCCUUUCAGAAAAUGCACUUUCUUGCAGUUUUUUUACAGUGGCACUUGGCAUCCUUUGUACCACCAGUAUCCCUGUGGAGCCACUGGGUUUAGGGCAGCAGCAGCAGUCAAAAGGCAAAAAAAUACUUAUUUUUGCAUAAUGACAAAGCCAGUAAAGGUUAAGUACACUUCAGUUAUGUAAUUCUAUAAACCCACCUAAUCCAACAGCAUUGGACCUUGGCUUUUAUACAACAAUUAUUGCACAGAUUCUUUUGUGUAAAUAUGGCAUUAGCAGCUGUGGAAUCCAAUAGAGGAGUAAAAUAUAUAUAUAUUAAUAAAGGAAACCUGUAGCAGUCAAAAGAUUUUACUGAUUUACUGAAAACAAAAGAAUGAAUUAAGGUUUUGGGGGGUUUUGUUUUUCCUUCUGUAAUUCUGCAUUUAAGUUCACAUGAAUCAUGAUUCUAGAAUCAGAAUACAAAGACAUCGUUAUAUUCACAAGCCAGGAACAUUCUUAAGAAUAAGCACUAUAGGUAUGAAAUUUAUUGCCUCCCUUUUCUUAUGUUGGAUUUCUUUUUUAUUAUUAAAUUGAUAAAACUUUGUUUCCAUUGUAUUCAUAAUGUUCUGUUAUACAUAACAUUAAAAUGUUCAUUAAAAUCAA